AUGAACGGCCUAACAGACAGUUGUGUUUUGGGAAGUCUGACCCAAAAAUAUCGGCUAUUUUUGACGAUAGCUUGUCUGACAAUGAUAUUGACGCCAUUCCUCUAUUACUUACCGCUUCUAUACGUUAACAAUGCGGUCAACGGUUUCCUUAGCGGCGGUAUUGAACUGUUGCUCAACGUAUGGGUAGUGGAAAUGUGGGGCCAAAAGUGCGGCCCCUAUAUACAGGCCGUACACUUUGGCGGCAGUAUUGCCGGUCUAAUAACGCCACAAAUUUUCGGUCCUUUUUUGGAGAUAAAAGAUAUAUCAGUUGUUGUGUCAAACAAUACACAAGGAUUGGCGGUCUACAGCAUCGAUAUCCUGGUAAUCACACCGUCGACAAUACAUAUACCGUACGGCGUUUUGGGUGGUCUAUCGGUAGCGUUCGGCCUGUUUAUUGGCUGCACUUAUUUCUAUCGCAAAUAUGAGGGACGAGUUGUGGUCAACAACAACAACAAUACGGUUAAGGGAAACAGUAAUUGGCGACAACGGUUCACCGUACCGACCAAUGGUCAAUCAUCGCAGUCUCUAUUGAUGGCCAUUGUAUUGCUGUGCGGUUAUAUUGUAUCGAUAGCUAUGACCAUACAGUGGGCACAAUUUGAAUAUAUACCCACUUAUGUAGAGUACUCGCAACUACACGAAACCGCCCAGGGAGCCGUCAAAAUGACCACUGCAUUGGGCGGUUCACUUGUAGUCGGUCGGGUGGCCGGUAUGAUUAUAUCGCAGUUUGUCAGCGCCAAACUCAUUGCUAUUUUAUUUUUGGCCCUAUUGUUUGGCGCCGAAAUUGUUUACAUUAUAUUCACAAAUAUCGGCUCAACCGGUGUAUGGGUGGCCCACGUUUUGUUCGGGUUCGGUUUGGGACCGUUACAGGCCGUCGGCUAUCAGAUUGUCGAAACGGUAACACCGAUGACCAACACGAUUGGUGUACUCUAUAUAUUUAUGAGCGGACUGAUAGCCGCUGUUACCCCGAUAAUUAUGAGCCGAUAUAUCGAUACCAAUGUGUUUACACUGAUCUAUGUUAACUUGUUUUUCAUUUUGACGGGUAUGGCAGUAGUAGUGGUUAUUUGGUGGUUAAUACAUAAAAAUGCUAACAAUGUAACCAACUAUGAUAUAGAUAAUAUCAAAAAUACUAUAGAUAUAGAUGUGAUACAAGUAGAAAUGGUCAAUAAGGUUGAACCGGUAGCUAUAUUAUAA